AGACCGCACGGACGCGCAGUACGCAGCGGCAAUGAUGAGGCGACAGCGUGUGCUGCGGGACCGCCUGAACCCCUUUGAGGAUUUCGACGAGGAUGGGCUGCAGCAACGGUUCCGAUUUGGAAGAGCGGGCAUAAUGUUUCUCGCCGACACACUGCGUCCGGACUUGGAGCGCCGUACACGUCGUAGCCGCGCCCUCUCUGCGGAGCAGCAAGUGAUCAUCGCCUUGCAGUUCUACGCAACUGGGAACUUUCUGAUCACUGCAGGCGACUACAUCCGCGUGCAUGUGUCAAGUGCUUCACGGGCUGUGAGGCAAGUCACCGUAGCGCUGGCUCGUCGAGCACAAGACUUCAUACGAUGGCCUGACGCUGCGGAGGGGGCAGCCUUGCAGCACAAGUUCUACGACAUGGCCGGCUUUCCUUUGGUCGUGGGUGCUGUUGACGGUACCCAUGUCCGGAUCCAGGCACCCCAUGUGCACGAGGAGGCGUACGUCAACCACCAUGGAUACCAUUCCAUCAACGUACAGGUGGUCGUUGACGCCUCUUCUCGGAUUCGCAACGUGGUUGCAAGGUGGCCUGGAAGCACCCACGACUCUCGGAUCUUCACGGAGAGCACCUUGGCAGUCAAGCUGGCCAGUGGAGAGUACGACGGCCUGCUGCUUGGUGACAGCGGCUACUCCUGUCAACCAUGGCUGAUGACGCCAUUCCUGUCGCCGUCAUCAGCAGCCGAGGUCGCAUACAAUACGGCACACACGACGACAAGAAGCAUUGUUGAACGGACAAUCGGCCAACUCAAGCGGAGGUUCCAUUGCCUUCACGCUGAGCUCCGAAUGGCUCCAGAACGGUGCUGCGACAUCAUUGUCGCGUGCUGUGCCCUCCACAACCUGGCCAAGAGGUACCCCUGCAGGACACCCGUGGCCGCCAUCCCCGCUGAGGUUCCCGUUGAGCCCGUAGCAGCCAACCGUGCUGAGAGCAACGAGGCCCGAGACUUUAUUGUCAACCAUUUCUUCGGCUAAGUAUCCUGCUGUCGCUCGGCCCUUCUCUGGUACUGCUGUGCAGCCUCACGGGUCCAGCGCUGGUUGUGCUGCACAACAGGAGAGGCCAGUGUUCUCUGUGCUGCGUCGUCUUCAACUGUACUGCUGCCAGAUGACGAGGGUGGCGGCGUCGUCACCCUUCCCGUGCAGCUGCUGUAGUGACACGCAUGACCAGGAAAUUGUUUGAGGUUAAAGGGAUACUACAACAAAAUUUCGGGUUUCAUUUUUUGGUCUAUAUGUGUUCGAAGGAGCAGUAUCA